GUUAAUGGCUCGGAGACUUUCAAAAGCUGCGUUACUCGUUGAACCUAAGCACACGACCUUGGUUAAUACCGUUAGGCUUGUAGACAGGUUACUUAUCCAGUCUUUUGGAUUCAUUCAUUUUGUGCUCUAAUCAUAAAACUUCUGGGAAAGAAAUCGCGCAAAAGUUAUGAGUGUUGUUACACCUAGUGAUUUAAUCAGAGAAUCUGCCCAUGUUAAGUCAGCAGAAGAACACAAAUUAUUGUCUGACAAAGCAUUAUGCAAUCCUAAGGAAUUUUGGUUGGGAUAUGCAAUGAAGUUUCACUGGCAUUCACCUCCUUCAUUCGGAAAAUGUCUUAGUUACAAUUUCGAUUGCCGUAAAGGACCUAUUUUUGUUAAAUGGUUUGAGGAUGGAUGCACAAAUAUUUGCUACAAUAUCUUGGAUCGCAAUGUUGACCGUGGUUUUGACGAUAAAGUGGCAAUUUUAUGGGAAGGCAACGAUCCAAAUGAUACAAAUCGUUUGACGUACUCUGAAAUGUUGACCAAGGUCAAAAGAAUUGGUAAAAUGCUCGCGAAUCUCGGUAUUAGAAAGGGAGAUUGUGUUGCCAUUUAUAUGCCUAUGAUUCCAGAGCUCCUGAUGACUAUGUUAGCAUGUGCUCGUAUUGGUGCUGUACAUACUGUUGUAUUUGGUGGGUUUUCCGCCUGUGCUCUUGCCGAUCGAAUUAUCGAUGCCAAAUGUAGCAUUCUUAUCACUGCUGAUGGAACAUGGAGAGGAUCGAAACUUAUUCAACUUAAAUCAAUUGCGUCUACUGCAAUGGAUAUGUGUGAAGAUAAAGGAUAUUUUAUCCAACGAUGUGUUGUAUUUCAACAUGUUACUGCUUUUCCCUCUAAAUCCAUUAAUGGAAUCAGUAAUAAUGUUGAAAGUAAAGAUGGCGUUCGACCCGCUUCAAUGCUUGAUGUUCCAUUGAAGGAUGGUCGUGAUUAUUGGUGGCAUGAUAUAAUCAGUACUAUUCCUGAAAAUACUGAUUGUCCUGUAGAAUGGGUGAAUUCAGAAGAUCCGUUAUUUAUACUUUAUACAAGUGGCAGUACAGGCCGACCGAAAGGUGUUGUACACACCACAGGUGGCUACAUGGUUUAUACAGCUACAACAUUCUUCUACACGUUCGAUUAUCAUGAAGAUGAUAUAUAUUGGUGUACUGCUGAUGCCGGUUGGAUAACAGGUCAUUCAUACGUUGUAUAUGGACCAUUAUUAAACGGUGCUACAAGUGUAAUAUUUGAAGGUAUUCCAACUUGGCCUGAUCCGGGUCGAUAUUGGUCUAUCGUAGAUCGAUAUAAAGUGACAAAAUUCUAUACAGCUCCAACAGCAAUUCGUACGUUAAUAAAAGCUGGUGAUCAAUACGUCCAAUGUUAUGAUCGUACAUCAUUAAAGGUCCUUGGAAGUGUUGGUGAGCCAAUCAAUGUAUCUGCUUGGGAAUGGUAUUAUAAUGUUGUGGGUAAUGGUAAAUGUUCAAUUGUAGAUACAUUUUGGCAAACAGAAACUGGUGGACAUAUGCUUACUUCAUUACCUGGAGCAAAUAUAAUGAAACCUGGUUGUGCUACUAAACCAUUCUUUGGCAUUGAUGCUCGAAUAUUAUCUGAGAGUGGUGAAGAUUUAACAGAAAAUUCAAAAACACUAGGUAUCAAUGUAGAAGGUUAUUUGGUCUUUGCUAAACCAUGGCCUGGUAUGAUGAGAACAAUCAAUAAUAAUCAUGAAUUAUUUGAAUCAGUUUAUUUUAAACGUUUUCCUGGUUAUUAUAUUGCUGGUGACGGUUCUGUGUUAGAUAAAGAUGGAGAUUUUUGGAUAACAGGUCGUUUAGAUGAUAUGCUGAAUGUUAGCGGUCAUCUUAUUAGUACAGCAGAAGUAGAAAAUGCUCUUCUAUUAGAUCCAAAUGUUAGUGAAGCUGCUGUUGUUGGUCGAAAACAUCCAGUUAAGGGUGAAUGUUUAUAUUGUUUUGUUACAUUGAAAGAUUCUAUACUAAAUGAUCAUAUGAAUGGUUUCAUGAAUGUUGAUAUAAUUACACAAGAAAUGAAAUCAGAAUUAUGUCAAAUGAUUCGAACAAAAAUUGGACCAUUUGCUACUCCAGAUUACAUCCAGAGUGCACCUAUAUUGCCAAAAACACGUAGUGGUAAAAUUAUACGACGUAUUUUACGUAAAAUAGCUAAUGAAGAUUAUGAAUUUGGUGAUACAUCAACUUUAUUGGAUCAUUCUUGUUUAGAGACUUUAAUUAAAUUAUCCAAAUUUGUCAUAAAUACAUAAUUGAAUGUGUUCCUCUCAGUUUUGUUGUUGAUCUUCUUUUUAUCUCUUUUAUUUUCUUCAAAACUGUGUGACAAUCACAGAGAUGAAAAUUAGUAAUGACACAUUCAAUAUACCUUUAUAUUAUUAUUAUCAUCAUCAUCAUUUACAUUGAAGUGUUUAUUCGCUCAUUGUUAUUAUUUUUCUAGUUAAAUAACAAUUUCUGUAAUUCAUUCUUUCUUUUGUCAUAUCAUGAAUUGAAUGUUUUGUCUUCAGUGUGUUUAUCUACUUAUCUGUUUAUUUUUUCUUAUGGUUCACUGUUGUCAGUUGUAUUAUUAUUAACAUUGGUGUUCUUGUUGCUACAGUUACACAGGACUUAUGUGAACUGUGCAACGUUUCAUAGAUAUUAGUCUAUUUAUGUGAAUCUCAUAACUUCUAUUGUUACUAUUUAUUGUGUACUUACUUUUUUGUUGAAAUGUCUCCGUUUCCAUAUAUAUAUAAUUACAUGCUAAUAUUACUACUACUAGUAUUACUACGAUUAUUAUUAUUAUCUUUAUCAUUGCAAUCCUUUCCUCCCAACCCUCCCCCCUCUUGAUCAAGUAGUAAGGUUGUGGGCUUUUAUUACUUAUUGUCCUUUUUUUAGGAAUUCGUUUUUCCGAACUUGACUAGCCGUUUAUUACUUAGUUCUAUAUUGUUACCAGCUUUUUUUUUUACUUCACCUACUACCAUCCAUGACAACUUUGUUUAUUUUUCUUAUGUGACACCUGUUUUUUCUCCUCCUCGAAAUGAGCAAUUCAAAUAUUCGUCAAGUAAACUGUAUUACUAUUAGUGUUGUUAUUCAGCAUUUUUUUCUCUCCGUCAGUUUUUUAUUCUCUCCACAAUAUUUUGGAGCAGAAAUCUCACGGUUGUGACUAUUGUUUCAGUUUACUAUUUAUUACUAUUGUUAUUUUUAAACUGAAAAAGGGACAAUAUUAGAAUCCCUUAUGUUAUUAUUACAAAAUAACUACUUAAUUAUACCUGUGUUCAUUUUGA